UCAUACCAAACUAUAAUAACAUUUUAAUACCCUCUCUGAACAAGUUGUGCAGCAAAAACAAUGGGAAGGCCAAAACCAGAAGACUCAAUUCGACAUUUCAGCCAUCCACAUCCAUUGUUCAACUCAUCUCUCAAUCCUCAAGCCAACUCUUCUUCUUCUUCUUGCGUGGUUUGCAAGUUAAAGCUUCUCAAUCUUCCUUCAUACACAUGUAAGCCAUGCAACUUCCACAUCCACCUAAAAUGUUCCGAAUUACCUCAAAAGAUCAGACACCCUUUCGACAAAAACCAUCUCCUGUCUCUCAUCUCCUCUCCAAAAUACCAAGAAGGGACAUUCCGCUGUGACGCAUGCGGCAAAAACGGUGACGGAUUCGCUUACCACUGUGGAGACUGCGGUAUAGAUCUUCACACGGUUUGUGCCAACAUGCCUUCUCGUGUCACGCACCAAUCUCACCCUCACCACCAACUUUAUUUAACGUUUUCCAUGCCGUCUCCGGGCGGGUCCGGAUCCGGAUCAAGAUCAGCUGCGGCCGCUAGCUUCCGCUGCAGUGUGUGCCAAGGACUCGGCUCUAACUCGUGGCUCUAUAGCUGUAAAGAGUGUGGUGGAUUCGAUGCUCAUUUGUUGUGUGCUAGAAAGAAACUACCUAGUCCAACAAAUAUGGUCCAACAUGGUCCAAACCGGCCGAUGCAACCGCACUCUAUCGCCACGACGCCGUUUGUUAAUGUUCCUAGUCCAGUUUUUAAUAAUCCUUAUCCGUUGGGGACUCCAACAAUGAGUCCUAUCAUUAGACCUAUGAUUAAUGAGAUGAUUAAUAAUCUUGUAACCAAUACGCCACAAAGCCCAAGCCAAGUUUCUCAGCUUCUUGAUUUGCUCGGACCAUUUGGACUGGGAGGUGGAUCCGGUUCUUCUUCAUCUUCCGGUAUAGGGUUUGACCCGUCGGUUUUCUCAUCUGUUGGCCAACCAUUUGGACUGGGAGGUGGAUCCGGUUCUUCUUCAUCUUUUGGUUAUCUAGGGUUUGACCCAUCGGUUUUCCAAUCUGUUAACCAACCAUUUGGACUGGGAGGUGGAUCCGGUUCUUCUUCGUCUUCCGGUUAUCUAGGGUUUGACCCGUCGGGUUUCUCAUUUGUUGGCCAACCAUUUGGACUGGGAGGUGGAUCCGGUUCUUCUUCAUCGUUUGGUUAUCUAGGGUUUGACCCGUCUGUUUUCCCAUCUGUUGACCCUUCAGUGUUUGCUGGAUUUGAUCCUUCCUUGCUUUCAACGUUGUUCUCCGGACUUGGUUUUUUAUGAGUAUGCAGAUUUAUCUUUGGAUUUUGUCUUUUUGCGUUUGUUACAAAAUUACUCAGUGUUCUGUCUGAUUGCCAUGUUUCAGGGACUUAUUAUAGUAAUGUUUUUUGUAACACAAGACUUACAGUAAUGUAUUUGAACACUUGAUGUCAAAAAAUGGUAGUGUACUUGAACACUUCAGAUAACAAACAAAAUUGUUUAAUCUUUUCCUGCUAGCAUUAUCCAUAUUGUCGAUUGAAGACAUGUUUCUCAAUAUAGCAGCCUAUGUGAUAUUUAUUAGUAGUGAAUGAAAUACAGUUUGCUAUCAGAUUAUGCAUAAAGCAAUGGAAGUCUUAGGACAAUAAUUGCUAUACAAACCCAAUGAAGAUUUUUUGUUAGUUAUUACAAUGUUUGGUAAAUAUGUAAUAUUUUAUUUUGCGCUUUCUACAUCAUUAUUUUACUUACAUUAAGACAUAUAAAGAAGCAAGUUUUGGAAAACUAUGGACUUAAAAUUACAGAAAAUUGAUCAAAUAUGUAGAUUCUCAAAGGAAAUGUGGACAACAAUGAAACUUUCAUAAUCUUUAUUGAAUAAAAUUUAGCCGAAAAAAAACAAUCAAAAUGAAAAUUGAUGAUAUGUACCAGUGUUCAAGUAGAGACAACGGAACUUGAUUUAAAUCAAGACCCAUCUUCAAACGAGCUCGAGACUACUCACUCGCUGAUCGAAGAACGCAUAAGACAGCUCGAAGCAAUAGUUUCAAGAAUCAGACAACGAGAAACAACAACACCAGCACCACCACGAGCCUCGGUGCCUAGAGACUCUACCGCAGGAAUUAAUUAUACACGAGAGUUCUAGAGAGAGAAACGUCGAAAACCGUGACAACAAGACUUACUUAAUAGCAAAGGCAUUGAACAUGGAGAGAACAAACUCUACUGUUCCUGGUGAUUACUUUGACUGUAACAUAUGUUUAGAGAAUGCUCAAGAUCCGGUUUUGACUUGAUGUGGUCACUUGUUCUGCUGGGAAUGUUUCUAUCAGCUGCCUCUUAUUUAUCUGAACGUUAAAGAAUGUCCGGUUUGCGAUGGAAAAGUGACUGACACUGAGGUGAUUCCCGUAUACGGUAAUGGAGAUGAUAGUGAGAGUAGUAGUAAUGCUAAAAGAGUGUUAAAGAGUUGAAAGCUUUCGUCAAAAGAUUACAAACCGGGCGGUUCCUUUUAUUCCGGGGUCUGAAACAGUGGAGCAUUUUAGGAUAGGACUGCAAGCUUUAGCUCAAGGCGAUGAGUUCGGUCUGAGCAACAUAGUAUUUGUUAAUGUUUUGAUCAAAAAAAAAAAGGCCUAAUACCCGCAGGCUAAAAAAGAUCGAUCCAACUUGAUACAUAAAAGCCUAUUUGCGAGAUAUUAAUCUUUUUUUUUUAACUUUAGUUUCGGCCUUUAGAUCAUAUUUAGGCCGCUUCAGUUUGUUGGCCCAGCAUGCUAUGGCUAUGUUAUUUUUUCAGAACUUGACAUAUUUAGAAACAAAUCAUCAAAAUUGAUAAAUCGAUGGAUAAAACAAUAAUUUUGAAUAAUCAGCUAUCUUUACCAUAGUCUUUUCUGUUUUUGUGCUACUAAUCUUUCUGUUUGUGUACUACUAAUCUUUCUGUUUUUAUAUGACUCUUAUAUGAGUUUUUAAUUUUUUCUACUAUCAUUUUUUGUUUACAGAAAAAAAAAGUUUAGAUUCAAAUCAUUUAUUUUCUUGUCAUUAAUUUAAAUAACUUCUUUAAGAAGUCGCGAAAAAACUAUAAAUUA